AUGAAACAGUCGACCCAAGAGUCGAGUCUGACGGUGUGUCAACUUUUCCCUUCAGGCAGUCAAGCGUUUCGAAGAAACGAAUUCGUUUUCUGGAGUUUUGCAUCAAUCUCUCGUUGGGGAAACUGUUGCAACGGAUUUAUGGUAGUCGGGAGUUGGCAGAGCAGCCGGAGGAGCACCUCGGAUACGGUGGAUGUUAAUUUAGGCCAAGGAAUGGAGAAACCAUCGUUGAGCCGGCUUGAGCGCCGAAAGAACCACGAGAACACGACGUAAGUGGCUUUAACUAAGGUGAUUAUCGGUUUAGACGGCUUUGCAUGAUCUGUGGCACUUAUACACCGCUCGGCCAAUGUCUGAUAUACCCCAAGGCAAGACGGAGGGAGUUCGACGAGGCUUUGAAUCUCCCCAAACACAUCAGCGACGCUCUUCCCACUAGUUGUUGCAUUUGCAUACGUCAUUUCGACGAUGAAGAUGUAAUUGCUGUGAGAUCAGAUGCUCAUGCUAAGAUAAAUCCUGAUGCCGUUCCGUGCAAGGUGGGCAAGAAAGCAUAUUUCUUUUAUAUUUUAUUUGAAAAUCAUUGAAAUGACCUUGCUUCAGAAGAUGGAUGGAGUUUUUCUGACGGCCUUGCGAGAACUCGAUCCUCUCGAGUUCCUGAGUAAAUCGGAGAUCAAUCCAGUAAGCUUGGUCAAACAAAAAUUAGGAUUGGAUCGGCACACCAAAUACGUUCAACCAUUGGAUCGAGCAGUCGAAAUUACCGAAGAAAAUUAUCAACCAGAGGAACUGUCCGAGGGAAAGAGUUUACUUGCAUCGUUAUUCGAAGAGGCAUGUUUUGUUUUAUUUACAUCUAAGAGAAUUCCGAAUUUAAAUCUUCCAAACUGUAAAAUUGGUGUAAUUUUACACCGACGAAUUCUUCGCAUGGAGAAUUUCGAGUACAAAAUGGAAUAUAAAAAGUGCCGGACUCUUCUCUCGCUCAAUUAAAAGGUACCGUAACCCGGGGGCAGGUGGGAGGGGCAGUAGGAGAUGGCAGGACGCACUCAGUCCUCUCCGAAAUACACCCCUCUCAGCAACGGCUCCCCGCUUUUUAAGCCCCGGGUAAUAGUAGCUUCGUGGGGGUGGGGCGCAGCAUGCCGUCCUUUAGCCCCAGGGGUGCGACCGAGCGCUUCUAUUUCUCACUAUAAAAUUGUAUUUUCGAUGUUACGGGGAGAUGGGGAUAUUUUCCACAGAUUAUUAGGUGGUGUAUUUGUAAUAACCGGGAUCUAGGGCGGAUUAAAGUCUGAAUUGUGGCUCUAGAGGGGCCGAUAGGUUUGAGACUUUAGGGCUCUAAUAUUGAAUUAGGGCUGUUCUUUUUAUUUGAUCGGGUACAAAGAUUUUUUUGGUUAGAUGUAUUUUUUUAGCAUUUUCUUGUGUUAUAUGGCCCUAAUUGUCAACGUUGUUAACUUGACAGAUUUUUUCAAUCGAACGCCAAAAUGUCUUCAUUUUCGUAAUUAUGAUCAAACUGAAAAUUCUGGUAUGCGCGCUUUCAAAAGCGAAUUUACAUGCACUGUGAUGAAUAGAGCUAAUGUUAGUUAUUAAUUUAGUUCCCAAGAAUUUUAAAUUUUUACGAUGUUUUGACAAAAAUUUUCAAUUUAACAAUCAAAAUGACCAACCCAAACGUCGCGUAAAAUUGGCGGCUUAACAGCUUAUUCACUGUGAGUGCUUUAAUCCGUUUUUGAUAGGAAAUUGGGCCUCAUUUCGCGAAGUUUUAUGCUGUACUUAUCGGUGUCGUCUUCAGGGUGAUACCUGUAGGAUGUCUGUCUCAUCGGAAGAGAAGGAUAGCAACCCUCUGUCCUUGGUCUCUCUGUUUAAGUCCACUGAAGACGGGAACACCUCCAUCGAUCUCAGCGAUAUCUUAAACAUAUCCGGCCACAGUCCAGAUACGGAGAAUCAGAUCAAAAAGCGGAAAUGUUACUCGAUUAGCACCAAAUUAGAAGCCAUUCAGUACGCGAAAGACCACACUACAUUCUUGGCCGCAGAGAAAUACGGGGUUGAUCGGAAAUGUAUCAGAGAUUGGAUGCUAAAAGAAAAGGAACUUAAGAAAUGCACGGGCGACCAGAAAAGAAUUAAGGGUGCGGGUAGACCCCCUAGGGCAGGUCGGAAUGGGUCGGUCCCUAAAAACGAGCAGGAGAAGGAAGAGUUGGUAGACGAUAAUGUUCUUGCCAAACUUUUGAGUGAAAUUCAGAAAAAUGUGAAGGUGAAUAUUCAAAAUUAAAAUUCGUUGAGAGUUUGUAGUAACUGAUGAACUUAUGUCUUCAGGCAGAAGAAUCCAAGCCCAAUAUGAAUUUAACUGCCACCAAGAAAAAGACGGAAGCCCCGCCCCUUUUGGAAAGAAUGGACGAUGAAGAGGAUGGUGGAGACAACGAACCCCCUCCUCUGAUCGCUGCCAACAGCAACACAUCUUCUUAUGCCCUCAGGCCUAAGAGGUCCCAGCCGAUGACUAAUAAUAUACCUCAAUUAAAGAAGAUUCCCCGGACGUCUUCUGCUUUCCAGAUCCCCUCGACAUCCAAUGUAUCGGAUGCUGAACUCAUUAAACAAUUGAGGAUCCAAUUGACUGAGAAAAACACCGAGAUCCACCUGUUGAAGAAGAAAUUGGUGGCCACGGAAGAGCUGCUGUCGUUUUAUAUGAACACCUCCACUCCAGAAUUGGAGUCGGAUAACUCGCCCCUGACCAAAAGUAAUGAAAAUAAUAACAAAAUACAGUCAAAUCAGGUAGGUUACGACGAAAACAAUCAAUUUCUCCUUAGGCAUUGAAAAUCGGAAACCAAUUGAUCUCGUGGAAAGCGGCCAAAGCCCCAACAGAGGAGCCUCAGGCAACGGCGAUGGUGGUGGAAUGCAAUCAGGACAGUCUCCAGCAACAUCUCUCUUCUAUCACGCGAACAGAAUCCUCGGAUUCAUCCGAAGACCCCUCAAACGAGUAA